AUGGAGUCUUUCCAGCGAGUUCCAGAGAAAGCCAGAGCUUCUGGUCUCGUCUUCACUGCUCGGUGUCCUCUGCUUCUGGAGGCCCAGUCUGCGUGGCUCUGUGACCUGCAAGUAUUGGGAGAUCCACAGCUAAGACGCCAGGACCCACUAGGAAACCUGGAAAUGGGACCAUUGACAUUUAUAGAUGUGGCCAUAGAAUUUUCUCUGAAAGAGUGGCAAUGCCUGGACACUGCACAACAGAAUUUAUAUAGAGAUGUGAUGUUAGAGAACUACAGAAACCUGGUCUUUCUCGCCAGACCUGAUCACCUAUCUGGAGCAAGGAAAGGAGCCUUGGAAUAUGAAGAGACAUGA